GGGAGUUUUUUUUCUCUCUUGCGCUGCAGAUUUCACUUUUGGUUUCGUUUCUGGCCGUCCCCAGUUUGAGGAACAAGGAAGAGGACAUUCUCCCGGAGCCUGGGUCUCUCUCUCCCUCUCCCAGUUUUACAGGGACACAGCCCUCCCACGGUAUAGCCGGGAAUUAAAGGAAAACGUCUGCAUUUCAGCUCCUGGACCAACCAUUGUACUUGCUGCUCGCAACCUCGCGUCUCCCAGAUCCAUGGAUUCCUCUUGCCCCCCCAGUGGAGAUUUCGAUGUGUUUCUCUGAGAGACACCCCCCCCAACUCUGCUUCUGCUGCUACAGUCUGAAAAGCAAGAUGGAACAACCCACAGAUGACGUGGUACUGGAGGUGCAUGGCAUCACGGAUGACAUGCCCUUGGAUUUUGUGACCCUUUACUUUGAGAGUAAGCGCUGCUCUGGAGGAGGGGCCAUCACCUCUAUUAGACGACAGGGCAACUAUGCUGUGAUCACCUUCGAGAAACCCGCAGACGCUGAGAGUGUCCUGUCCAAGCGUGGCCACAAACUGCAGAACGUCGAGCUGGUGGUGAAGAGGGCUCCACCCAGGGACCCGAAGAAGAUUGUGCUGACCGGGCUGAACCCGCAAAUCGAGGAAGACAUGCUCACCCUGUACCUAGAGUGCAUCACUAACCGCAGCAGUGAGCAGUUCACUGUCCACUGGGAUCCAGACAGGAAACUGGCCCUUGUUAACUUCCAGGAAGCCCUCUCUGUGGAAGACCUUGAGGCCCUGAAGGUGAAAGCCAGAAACCGAAGCUUACAGGGUGCCACCUUGGAUAUUAGACAACUUCCCCGCACUGACCGCAUCCUGGUGGAGAACCUCGGUCCCACCGAUGAUGAGGACAUCCUGAGUCUCUACUUCGAGAGCCGUCGCCGUAGCAACGGAGGGACCGUGCUGAAUGUUACCAUGCUGCCUGGAGGAAGGGCCAUUGUGCUAUUCCAGGAAUGGGAAGCUGUUGACCGGGUUCUUCAGAAGAGUCAGAAGCUGCAGGAACGCGAGUUGCUCGUUCGGCCUUACUACGACUUCCUGCAGCCGUCCGGCAUGGAUCAGGAUCAGGAUCAGGAUCCGGAUCAGGAUCCGGAUCAGGAUCAGGAUCAGGAUCAGGAUCCGGGUCAGGGUCAGGAUCAGGAAUGUGACCAGGGAACGGCAGUAGAAACCAGAGCUGAGGAGAUGGCGGAACUGACCAGUCUGGUCAAUGUACCUGACAGAGAGAAGCUGGAUAUCCUGCGAUCCAGCAGCUUUCUUGGCGAGCUGAGGGCCGAUUGUCCGGAACUGUCCCUGAGCGUCGACGACGACAACUGUGUCCGUAUUUGCGGGACGGACGCAGUCCAGAUUGGGAGGCUGAAGAGCCGGAUCCUGGAAUACCUCAGUAACAUCGCCCAAGUGGAUGUCCCCAUCAGUGAGGAGCAGGCACGCUUCCUGUCCAGGGCUGACAUUCGGGAUUACUUACGGCACAUGCUACUCCAGAAGGGUUUGUCCACUUAUUAUUCCGUCUUGGGCAGUGUGAUGACGGUCAGCGCCUCGUCUCUCGCUGCAGCACGGGCUGUUGCCCUGGUGAUAGAGCAGCAGCUUUGCCAAUUCAGUGUCUCGAUCUCAGACCGGCACCUAUACGCUGUCACCUCCCCCGACUGGGGAAGGCUUCUGGCGUCACUGAAAUGCUGCGAGGCUCGUGUCGCUGACGUGGGCGACCAAGUCUGCUUCAUCUCCCUCGAAAGCUGCCGCGCGGAAAACCAGAAACGUGUGGAAGACUUCCUGGCGAAUGCUGUUCCCGAGGAUUCCGUGAUCGGGAUAGAGCCCACGAAAUUGCGAUUUCUACAGGAAUAUUACCAGUACUUACUCACUGGGACUGGUCAGGUUUCUAUUCUCCCCCUCGAAGGCGAUGUCACAGGGCUAAGGAUCACUGGGGUGGGCAGUGCCUGCGCAACGGUGGAUGAGCUCCUGCGCAGCAUCGUUUCCAACAUCUGCUCCCGGACGGUGGCCCUGCAGAUGCCCGGCAUUUCCAGGUUCCUCCUGGACCUGCGCGGAGCAAGUGUUCUGAAGCACAUGGAGACAAAGUACAAGUGCAUGAUCGGGUUGGAGCAAGUACGUUGGACAGUGCUGCAGGCUGAGCAUCCCCUGGAAAUCCAACACAGUCAGGUCGCGCCGAGCUUUGAGAGAGAUGUUUCUGUCCAUGGGACGCUCCAGCCGCAAGAUCUGAGUGACGCAAAUGGGAAUAUUCCCAAUCUCGAUGAAAUCCAGAAUCUUCUCGCGUCGAUUAAAGACACCACGGGUGCCUCAAGCCAGAGAGGGAUUGUCACAACUUCCCAAAGGGUUUCCGAUGGGAACGGGAGCACUCCAAUUGAGGAGGAUCUCUACACCGACCAACCAAACAACCUGCAUCAGGGCGAUGGCACUGACAGAGCUGAGGAUGAGCCUUCUGCUGGAGCUGACGCAGAGAGUCAUCAGGAUAAAGAUGGAGGCAAGACUGAGGAGGCGACAGUGGGCACUGGGGGGGCAGCUGUCCUUGACCAGGACAUGAAUGAUGCCGAGCUCUGCCUUGCCCUCCAGUACUCCAUGGAUAGCAGGUACCAGCUGACCAGUGAGGACGAGGAGCUUCAGAAAGCCCUUCAACUUUCCAAGCAGAUGGCCACUGGCCAACAGGAGCUUUCUGCUGGGAUUUCCCACGGGGGGAGCGCAGAGGCCAGCCUUGAGGAAGCAAUCAGGAUGUCCAUGGCGGAGGCCACGCGGAGCCUCAAUUCGGCGCAGCUGAUGAUCUGCGGCGAUAGCGACGGGGACAUUGACCGAUUGGUGAAGGAGUUGGAGAGCAGCUUCCGCUCCCACCUCCGCGAGGAAGUGAUGAGGCACCAGUGCUUCCGGAACCUGAGCAAAGAUUACGCUGACUACUUGGAGUACCUCCAGCGGAAACACGCCGUGGCGAUCGCCCCGCAGGGCGCUGAGGUCAGGGUUCACGGGUUUGCCGAUUACGUCAUUGAUGCCAAGGAGGACGUUGCCCGCCUCAUGCACUGGAUCGCCCAGGAUGAAAUGGCGAAGGUGGAGGAAAUGACAGUGGCCAGGUCUGUCCAGUGGGUGAGGCAUUGUCAAGAUGGUACCACCGUGCCCUAUUCCCUGAAAGCGUGUACGUUCAUAGAGAGAGCAUUUCAACAGAAGGAGAAGAAGAUUGAUGUGAUCUUCAACAGCAAACCCUACACCAUUGACUUUGAGCGAAUGGAGGAAUAUGACUUGGGGGCGGCAGAAACCAUUCGAAUUGAAAGGAAGCUUUUCUCCCUCCCAAACGAUACUGACGUGUCAUGUUUAGCCUCUGGACGAAUCGAGCUGGUCCACUUGGACGAAGCAAGUGAGGAAUAUUGUAAAAUGGUGCGACAUUUUUACGACACCCUGAAAGAUAUGCAUAAUAAAAUCCGCAUCAUAAAGGUUGAGAAGGUGAAUAACCCGCUGUUGUACCAGCAGUACACGUUGAAGAAGACCAGUAUGGCAGCCACACAGACAGACGUCGAGAGGAUCCUAUUCCAUGGGACCUCUGAGGGGAGCACCAGAGAGAUCUCCAUGCAUGGCUUCAACAGGAGCUUUUGUGGGAAAAAUGCGACGGUCUAUGGGCAAGGUGUUUACUUUGCGGUUAAUGCUGUUGUCUCAGCACAGGACCAGUACUCACCACCGAAUGACAAAGGACAUAAGUUUGUGUUUGUGGCUAAAGUCCUGACUGGAACCUACACCAACGGCAAGGCCGAGAUGAAGACCCCUCCUCUGAAAGAGAACAGUGACAUGCCAGUCAGAUAUGACUCGCUUGUCGACAACUCUGAGAAACCGAAAAUAUUUGUCAUCUUCAAUGACACCCAAGCGUAUCCUCAGUACCUGAUCACCUGCCAGAACAACUGAUCCUUUGGACAACAGUUCCUCACGGAUAUUACUGUACUGUAGCUUUCUGCCAUGUUCCAGAACAAUCCCCUGCCCUCUGUACUGGUUGAACCAUACCUGUCUCCCUGUGGCUGAUGGGUAAACUAUCCUGGACAGGUUUGAACCUGCACACUGAGCCUUGCCUGAGUCAGGGAGUGGAUAGUAACAAGUCCUUUCUCUGUCUUUAACACCCCCCCCCUCCCCGCCCACUGCCAUUCUAGCUAGCUUUUUGAAGUCAUUGAAGUUCCUCGCUCCACCCUGGCCAUCCAGGAAAGAGAAACCUUUUUUCCCUCUGAGAGGUCUUUGCUGCCAACCUGGUUAUUUAGGUCUACUUUCUGCUGGUGACUGUUUUGAGCAGACUGCCUUGUUCCCAGUUUUAUGACAUCCCUCUCCAUGUAGGGGGGGGGGGGGUUGUGGAUAUCUUUAUUCGCUCAUGGGAUGCGGGUGCCUCUGUGUGUGUGUGUGCGUGGCCCACAUAUCCAGUGCUCCAUAUCCAAUUGCCCUUGCAUGGUUUACUGUGUCAUUUUAGAAGGCAGUUAAGAGUCACCCACAUUGCUGUGGGCCUCGAGUCACUUGGAGGCCAGACUGGGUAAGGAUGGUGGAUUUCCUUCACUAAUGGACAUAAUUGAGGCAGGUUUACAACAGUGGCCGUUACAGAGAGUAGCUCUCAAUUCCACACCUCUUCAAUUGCAGGAUUGGAAUCUCGGUCCUCAGACCCACGAGCAGGUUUUCAGAUUCAAUAUUUGGGGGAGCCAUCUGUUCCUCAAACGGACUUUUCGAUUGGCAAAGAUGACCUCCUCCUUACCAUCUGAGGUUUGGGUGGGAGGUUGGGAGGAGCUUGGUUAAUUGAUUACUGGAGUGGGAAGAGGGCACGAUCCUGCCCCCACGCAACGUCUGCACUGUAGCCGGCUCAAGGAAGCAGCUGUGUAGUUUACAGCUUGAGGGGCAAUUAGGGAUGGCCCACAGAGACUGGUCCUGCCAGGAGCCCCUCCCACAUCCCAACAAUUAGUUAGGACAGGUCUUCGGUGACUGCAGUCCCUGAACCGCUCCAGUUUUGUCUCCCUGUGUAAUGUUUGAAUGUGGAAGCUGCACAACGUCGAAACAGUGAAUGCUUCCAACAGAGUCUCGGAAUCCUCCCUUCCUAAAUCCGAGAUUGCGGUAUUCGCUCCAUAGGGUGCUGGAGUGUUCCUGUGCAGAGGCAGGGGGCCCUCGAAAUGGCUUGCUCUUCUUUCGUUCGAAGCACAUAAAGUCUUGCUUUUAUUCCUUUUAAAAUAUAACAUUUAAAGCAUUC